ACCACGUGCAUCACACGUGCGACAGUCUCUCAACUUCUCGAAUUCCAUAUAAUUACAGUGUGGACACUCAAAAGAAGCAAAGACCCCCACACACACCGCUUCCAAGGUCUCUAUUAAAAUGGCUUUUGUUAGUAAAGUUAGUAGUCUGCUUAAACAAUCUGGAAGCAAACAUGCUAGUAUGGGAUUGUCGUCUUCAAAUUCACCGUUUUUUCAAGUUAUCAGAAGCAUGUCAUCUGCUAAGCUUUUUGUUGGAGGACUUUCAUAUGGAACUGAUGAAAUGGGAUUAAGACAAGCUUUUCAGGAAUAUGGUGAAGUGAUUGAAGCCAAAGUUAUUACUGAUCGGGAUUCUGGUAGGUCUCGAGGAUUCGGUUUUGUUAGUUAUACAUCAGCUGAUGCAGCUAAUACCGCUCUCCAGGACAUGGACGGCAAGGACCUCCAUGGUCGAAGGAUUAGAGUCAGCUUUGCACAAGAAAGACCACGCCCAUCUUUUGGUGGCGGUGGCUAUGGAGGCGCUGGUGGUUAUAGUGGCGGUGGUGGUGGCGGCUACGGAGGAGCUGGUGGAUAUAGUGGUGGUGGUUAUGGUGACAGAAGCAACAAUCUAGGUGGGUAUGGCGGCAGGAACCAGAAUGCUGGUGGUGGUGACGAUCUCUUCAGCGGUGGUGUAGGUGGUGGGAGUGGGGUCUCACCUGGUGGUGGUAAUGAAGACGAAGUUGUUGGCAAUUUGAGCGAUGGUUCAGGAGAAAAUGAUGGCGGGGAUGAUUCUGAGGGUAAUGAUUAUGCGAACACUUCCAACAAGUAGCCGUUGGACUAUGACAGUAUGAGCAUCUGCUGCUGCUGAAUAAACUAGCCUUUGUCAAUAUGUUGUGGCUGAGCCAUUAGUUUUGUUUUCUUGUUUGUCUACAUUAACUUUAAUGUUUGGUUUUGUUUGAAACUAGAGUUGCCUUCAGCUUUAUUAUUAUUUGUCUAAUA